AUGUCGGCCGAGUUCUGUGUGUUUGCCAAUCAAUGCGACAGCUACAGUGUGGCGCUGAAAUGCAAACUGACGUGUGGGUUGUGUACACCAGAAGGUGUUGUAACAAGCAAAACGGAAACAACGACUGAUUCUGCGCAAGGGGAGGUAUCUAACACUAUUGUUGUGAAAAAACGACAAGCGGAUUCAACAACACCGUCAACAGAGACACAAAACUGUUUUGACGAAUUUAACGAUGAGAUCUGUGACUAUCUUCAACCACAAUGCUAUAAUCCUGAUAUUAUCCUAAAAUGUCGAAAGAAAUGCGGAUACUGUGACAAAGACGUUCCUGUCGAGACAACGCAAACACCAUUUACAUACAGUCCUGGUACCGUCCCACAUGAUACUCUAACACCAGGGGUCGUCACUACAACAACACAAGAGGGCGUCACUACAACAACUAAUGGACUGACAUUUUCGCCAUCUACUGCACCUUGUACUGACACAUGUUGUGACGAGAUGUCGGCCGAGUUCUGUGUGUUUGCCAAUCAAUGCGACAGCUACAGUGUGGCACUCAAAUGCAAACUGACGUGUGGGUUGUGUACACCAGAAGGUGUUGUAACAAGCAAAACGGAAACAACGACUGAUUCUGCGCAAGGGGAGGUAUCUAACACUAUUGUUGUGAGAAAACGACAAGCGGAUUCAACAACACCGUCAACAGAGACACAAAACUGUUUUGACGAAUUUAACGAUGAGAUCUGUGACUAUCUUCAACCACAAUGUUACAAUCCUGAUAUUAUCCUAAAAUGUCGAAAGAAAUGCGGAUACUGUGACAAAGACGUUCCUGUCGAGACAACGCAAAUACCAUUUACAUACAGUCCUGGCACCGUCCCACAUGUUACCCUAACACCAGAGGUCGUCACUACAACAACUAAUGGACUGACAUUUUCGCCAUCUACUGCACCUUGUACUGACACGUGUUGUGACGAGAUGUCGGCCGAGUUCUGUGUGUUUGCCAAUCAAUGCGACAGCUACAGUGUGGCGCUGAAAUGCAAACUUACGUGCGGAUUGUGCACACCAGAAGGUACAACGUCAGAGAGUCUAGUUACAACUCAGGUGUCAUCGACAUUUUCGUCUCAGCCUUCGUCCGUAUUAAACAUGACUUCGAUGACAUCGAAAGCGCCGACGACAGUGUGUGAAGACAAUGAAAAAGACAAUUGUAUAGAUUUAUUGCUACAGUGUGAUGAUCAAAACAUAGCACAACGCUGUCGAAAGACUUGUGGAAUUUGUUCUGUAGGUACAACGCAAGCUUCAUACCAGUCAUCCGACGUUGGCACAUAUGCGAUCAGAAAAAAGCAGUUGGUGCAAACUGAACCCUUAUCCUAUGAUGAUGCAAAGUCUUCUACUACAGGAAGUUGGGUAACAACUGGAAGUAGCAAUUUAACAACGGGUUUACCACCAACUCUGACCUGCAACAAAAUGGCGGACGCCCAGAUAGUGGUGGCCGACCCGGUUAACCGAAUCUGCUAUUACCAAUUUACGCAGGACGAGAAAGUGGCGGAGGCCAAGGCAAGGUGUGGUAGGGCCAAUCUACACUUAGUUCAUCUGGAAACGGAAGAGGAAGAACUUUUUCUCAAUAAAAAGCUACAAGCCGCCGGUCAUGCUGACCAGUUCUGGCUUGGUCUGGAGAAGAUAAGUGGACAGUGGGUGUGGGUGGACGGUCUCCGCCAUACACCUGUGACGUCAGAGACUUACUGGGAAGGAUCGGAUGAUGGUAACUUUGUCUAUAACACUCUCAAAGAUCACUGGAAAAGAGCCACUGACAGCAUGUAUUAUAAUACUGUGUGCGAAGAUAACAUGCCCUAG